UUGGAAUAUGUUUCUAUUUAUUUCUUUUAUUUUCGGUAUUACUAACAUUUCUUCAUAGCUGCGCUAGUACAGUGUAAGCACUACUGCAAUUAAUUGUAUGAUGAAGAGCUGACAAACUUUCACUCCGGAAGGGCUCAGUGGUUUAAUAAUCUUAAUUGUUACUAAUUAUCACGUGCCCAGCCAUCAAAUCAUAUGCUGGUGGCUGGUCGACACUGGAAAGUUUUUCCGAUAGAUCUCUGCAGUCUGCGGGUAAAAGGGAACACAAUUUUCUGAAAGAUCAUGAUCACCCUUAUCAUAUCAUAUCAGAAAGCACUCAUCAAGGGAGGGCGAACAGCAGCGUGCACACAAUCAGUAGUUUUAAAGCGUUAUUAGCAAACGUGCGAGUCCGUGUUUGGGUUUUCGCUUUCUGUUUCACCGGGCUGGGAAAUGAUGGUGGUGGUGGUGAUGUAGUAAAGUAUUUACGAUACAGCGUUGAGCGUUAUUCCAAACAUGUACGCUUGAGGGUGUGUUGUUGUUGUUGCGUGUACACGCUACUACUGGCUAGUUGGGGUGCGGACAACGCCCCUGUUCCGGUGUGUCGAUCAUCUUCAAGAGCAGAGCCCCCGUGUGUGGUUGUGGUGGCUCGAUCGUCGAUCAGUGUUUAUGGACGACUCCGAGCAGUAUUUCACUUCGCUUUCCUGCUUUAUCAUUCAUACAUCCGGUUCUCUUCUCCUGUGCGCUCGAUCGUCGUUCUGUUCCGUAAAAAUCUUCCAGUUUCGCUUUGUAUCGCUUGCUUUUCGUCUUCUUUUCGUUCUUGUAAGUUAAGAAGCGUAUUUUUAGCAUCCAGGUCCAUUGCCAUUGUGAAUAAUAAAGUAAAGCUACCUAAUUUUGAGCAGCCUAAGUGAUCAUUUUAAUUGCCCCGCAGUAUAAAAUAGUAAUGAUGUUUUGAAAUCGAUCCAAGCCCCUGUCGUAAUUUUCAGCAGUAAAUACUGUUUUUAAAAUCAACAACGCUUGCACAUACGCGCUCUUAAGGUGGCGUUGUUCCGCCCCUUCUUCAAACAAACAAUGCUCCAACAAUGGGCGGUUGUUAUGAUACUGAAGCAUAUUUUCCCCAUUCUAUUUUAUCCGACGAAGCAAACCUGCAAAGUGGAAACAAUAAGCUCUAUCUGCAAGUAAGCAAGCGAUAAGCACCCCUAAACCAACAUGGAAAAGCGUUUAUUUCCUCCAAACGCUGUGGUGCCCUUUGCCAGGGCCCCGGUACCUCGAUGACCUUUGUAAACAUGAGAUACACAAGCUUUUCUUCCGUUUUCUUCAUUUACCAAGCACGCCCUCACUCACGAAAGGAAAAAUCACACACCCAUUACACAGCGCGCGAGUGUGAGAGAGUGAGGAUCAUCUCAUGAUCGCGUGUUAGAUUAUCGCGGGCGUUUCGCGGACAGAGUAGCAUUACUCUCCCCAACACACGGUUCCUAACACACACACUCGGCCAAAAAGCGAAUCGUUCCAAGAGCGAAUUGUGCGCACUACUACUCUCCGCUUCUAACACCCUUUGUGCUACGCCGUACGUACCACGCUAAUCUCCGGUGUGUGUGUGUUUGUGUGUCGUGUCUCGUGUGUCGUGAAGCGACGGAAAAUGCGCGCCUUUUUUGCUCUGUGCGCCCUUGGUGGUGGUGUUGCGCUGGUGUUGGUGGUGCAAACGGUGGACCCCCUCCAAACCCCGCAGUGUGGCUUUUGAACAGUGAAUUUGUGUUUCCCCAGUAACUGGUGUGGCUCGAGUGAGCCCCCGAGGGGCGCAAUAGUGUGUGAUUAGGGAAAAGAUAAAAAUAUAUACGCCCCGAACAGUCCACUUUUUAAACGCCAACGGAUGGAUGCUUAUCAUGACUUAACUAGCAAAUGAUACGCAUCAUCGAAUUGAGUUGCUCACUGUAACUCUUGUACACGAUGACUCACGCUCGAAAGCCCUAAUUUGACGCUCCCAGUAUAUGUCGCCAGUGUGUGCUCUCCGUCAACUGACCUACUUCUGCCGCACAUCCUUAUUUAGGGCCGGUAUUAUGAAAAUUCAUAACUACAGCACCCAGCCACCACCACACGAGAAAGUGAGAACUCGAUCGGUCGUCAGCAGAGAAGCGCAGGAGACGAACGGCGGGACGGCGGUGCGAACGGUCGCCGAAGCAGAAGGUGCCUCCAAGCAGGAUCAGCAACCGCAGAAGAAACCAGCCCAGAAAGCGGCCACCUCUCCGACCACCACCCAUCUAAGUCCGGAGCUGGAGAAUACGGCCAACCGGCUGACGUUGGAAGCGGGCAAACGCGCGGGUCAACGCGACCAGCCAACGGAACCGCAGCAGCAGGAGGAGGCGGUGGUGGAGGAAGAGGAAGUGGCGCCGGAGGAAGACAGCCAGGCGGAGGAGCAGACCACUAGUGGUGCGAAAAGGCGUCGGGUGAAGGAGGAGGAGGAAAGUGCGCCAUCGUCGGAAACGGCGCAACUGCAGUUGAAGCCUCAGACGGAUGAGGAGGAACCGAACGACAGCCAGCUGUCGGAGCACAUAAUACAGGGCGAGGAGAGCGAGCGUCUUGUGGAAGAGCAGGAGGAGCAGGAGCACGAGGAAGAGCAGCAGCAGCAGGAAGAGGAGGAACAGGAGCAGGAGCAGCAGGCCGAUACCGACAGCCUGGUGGAGGACCUCAACGAGGACGACCGUACGUCCUCGUCGACGGUCUCUGCCGAGGAGACGCUCGACCAAGUGAUGGAAAGCUUCAACAAAGGCCGCCCGAACACGAUCCACCACCACCACAGCCUGAAGCGGCAGCGAGCAGACGAAACCAGCGCGAACGCGUCCUCAGUCGAUCCGCUCAUGAUGACGAUGGAGCAGCAGCAGCAGCAGCAGCAGCAACAGGACGACGCCCCAAUGGAGGAGUACGAGCAGGCGGUCACCGUGGUCGGUGGCAGCGUGUCGGCCAACGACGACAUCGAGGACACAGACGGCACCCUGGCCGGCAACCGGUUAUUCCGGAAGAAGGUGAAACGAAAACUACCGAUCCGGCCGAACAGCAGCACCGCGGCGGGCAGCGGCACCAGCGCGACGGUCAGCACCACCAGCAGCAGCGACUGCACGGCCAAGGCCAAGCUGCAGAUGGUGCACGAGUUCCCGAUGCUGUUUCUCGGGCUGCGCCGCAACCGGAUGUUUCUGGUGAACUCGCUGGCCCAGUGGUUCGAUCUGAACCAGCGCGACAUCAUACUGACGCUGCGCAAGAUCAAGCAGAACGAGAGCAGCGUCCGGCUGGGGUCGGUGUUCGCGCUCGGCUCGACCGAGGUCGAGCUGCUGUUUCACACAAACGUGCCUAAGAUAGCGGACUGCCUGCGCAACUUCAUCGUGUGGCCGGACGACAUCACGAUGAAGCUGAACGUGCCGAUCAGCCUGCGGCAGCACUUCCAGCGGAUCCACCUCAUCCUGAACUAUCUGGUGGUGCGGGUGAAGCAGAGCGCCGUGCAGGAGCUGCCGGCGGUCGAGAUCGCCACCUCCUUCUGCCCGGACGAGCAGUGCCACAAGCUGAAGUACCUGGUCGCGUCCACGCUGGACGGGUGCGUGUGCUUCGUGUCGCGCGCGUUCGGCGUGCAGACGGACGACGAGCAGGUGCUGAGCCAGUCCGGCUUUCUCACCAAGUUCAAGACGAACACGAACCUGAUCGCGGGCAAAAACUUCCACCACUUCGAGGACCAGCUGGCGAACGGGCACCACCACGACCACACCAACAACAAUGGCGGGCACGGCAGCCGGCGGAAUCGGGUCGCCUCGGGCAGCAGGUCCGGCGCGGACGGCGACGACGAUCUCGAGCGGGUACUCGGCGGCAGCGGCGGCGGCAGCAACAGCAACAGCGUGGACAACUUCGAGGACAUCGUGUCGGAGAAGAUCAGCAAGAGCAAAACGUUCAAGCUGAAGAACUACAUCGAGAACAUCCUGGAGAACUUCCAGAGCCAUCAGCUGCUCAGCCCGCAGACCUGCAUCGACGCGCGGACGCUCAAGCUGCUGGACGACAUCGUGGUGAUCGUGGGUGCGCUGAUCAAUCUGCAGAAGCAGGAAAUCGAGUAAGGAGGAGGGAGAGAGUGGAAUAGUGUGUUGGGCCGGUGUGGUGGGCCUCCUCUCGCAUGAGGAUGAUGUGUUGGGGGAAAGGAAAUGGGCGGUUUCAAAGGGAAAGGGAGAGCGAGCAUUGUGGCCGUGAUGGGAGCUGCUCGAUUUGAACUCAUCGAUUUCACGCCUGGAUCAUAUCAAUUUGUGCAAAGACUCCGUACUUUGUUUGCUAUUGUAUAUUUCAUAAUGCUCCAUUUUCAAUCGUUUCGUCGCUUUGCAUCGUGCGUGUGUAUCGUCGAAAUCGGAAUUAGAAGUUUUGUUUGUAUUUGUCGUUUGUAACGCGCGCCCUCCGUUCUCUUCUCCGGUAAUGCUGUCGAUCGAGCGAGCACCAAGCGGCCACAGUGCGGAAGGGGGCAUCGCAGGUGUAUGUUUAGGGUGAACUGGAGUUCGAAUUAAAAGUAAGAAUAAGCACACAGAGAGAAGCGAGAGAGGCGACAGAGAGUGCACGUUUAUCGCAUCCGGUCCUUCUCCUUGGCCCUGGUCCUUCUCCCGCCCUCUGGCAGAGAGUGGCCGUCCACAGCAGCAGCAGCAGCAGCAGCACAUUUAGUUUUGCCCAUUUUAUGUGUACUUUUGUUUGAUCCCGCAGUUUGCCCCUGUGUGUACGACGCUGUACAGUAGUUUGUAAGAUAGUAGAGAUUUUGCAAAAUAAAAAUACGCUUUGCAAAGACCGACGAAACAGAAAGAGAGUGGUAGCAGUAGCAGUGUGUGGGCAAUGGAGUGGAGAGGAGCGGAGGAGUGGGAGAGGUUUGAUUUUAAAAGAAACAAAAAAGUAAAUAUAUUUAGCAAAAGCGACGCAAAACGCGCAUGCUCCACGGGAAGGCGGGAGCAGAUCGCGCAUCCAGGAGGGCGUUCGUGUCUGUACAAAACGGCGGAAGGAUGCGUCCCAGACACAUUGGGUUGCGUGUCGCUGUGUGUCCUCAAUAGGGCUUUCGUUUUAGAGGAAUAAGUCAGACAACACUACAAAAACACCCAUAGCUAGCUAGGCCACCGUAUGCGAGUUGCGAAGGAAAGAGGCACAGUCAGGGUGCCCUCAGAACAGGUACCCAGAGCGCAGAUCGCUAAGCUGCUUGAUCUGCAGCGAGAUCUGCUCCUGGAAGUUAUUUGGCAAAUUAGGAUGAGAGAGUGCUCCGUAUUCUCUACGCGCACGGGAAGAGCAGCAGCACCUCUUUACUUUAAAAUCAUUGAAGCAUCCGUACGCUGUGUACAAAAUAAACUGAGAGCUCGCUGGCAGGCAAGUGCUGGCGGGGCAGAUCGUGCCGACUGCACUGUGAACGCAGCUAA